CCGUCGCCGUCGACGCUGUGCUCAUUCAGCGUUUAGCAUACAUUUCGGGGCUUUCGGCAGUACGACGCUAACGCUGCGUGCGUGCGGUCUAACGGUAAAAACGUGACGGAGAGAGAGCCAGCCCCCAGCCAGGCGUGUGAAGUGAGGGAGAGAGAGUGAGAGAGAGAGCGAGAGAGAGCGAGAGUUAGGAGGCGAACGAGAACGCGAACGGGAGCGAGCGAGGCGAGGCGAGACAGAGGAAGAUAGCCAGAUAGCAGUCCGCGUUAAGAAGAAAAUCAAACAGAGCAAGAAAGCAGCAGCAGAGGGCACAAAUUUUGUUCUUAAUUUUUUGUUGUUGUUCAGUGCCAAAAAAAAUAAUAUUGAUGGAAAAUUGAUAAGACAGAGUUCAGCGUUCAAGCGAUAAGCAAAAUACACACACACACACAAACACGCUCAAACACACGCUCACACACACACACACCCGCGCUCACACGCGAACCCGCGAAGGAGGAGUAAAAACAGCAGAGAAGCAGCGUAACGGCAUCUAGUUAUAUUUUUUGGGUCCGCGAUGAUGGAGCAAGGUGCACGGAAACAGACAGCGACAACCGCAACGACGAGGAAUAGAAGCAGCGCCAGCGAAGCACCCAGCAUUGUGGCACCGGCAGUCACCUGCAGCAGCAGCACCACCACAUCCUCCUCAUCAUCAUCAUCGUCGUCGGCCACCUGCUCGGCGACGAUUGUGGUUAAGCAGCGGCCGCCACCACUGAAGACGGCCACGACAACGGUGACCACGACAUUGGUCAGCAGCAAUGAGGGCGGCCAGCCGCUGCCACCCAUUGCCCAGGCCAGCUACCGGGGUGCCACGGCCACCCUGACCACACCCUCAACGCCACGGAUCGAGCUGAGCCGCGCCUCCAGCUCGUCCCAUCACGAGGAGGAUAGCCGUGAGAGCAGUCCCGAGAAUGUCUUCGAGCAGGAAACGAUUGGCCUUGGCUUUCGGGAGGAGGGCGCUUUGGAGCUACGCAGCUCCACCGAGGAGCUGUACUUCAUGGAUCCAGAACAGAAAAAGGAAGAGCAGGAGCGCAUGCAACAGCAACAGCAGCAGACGAAGCGCUCCUCGCCGCACAUCUUCAAGUUUGACGACCACCAGAGCUACCUGCAGCAGCACCAGCGCAAGGACUCGGCCAGCUCGGAGGUGGCCGCUCUGCUCUGCAUCUCGGGCCGCACCAGUCGCAUCUCGAGCGUCGGCAGCCAGGGUUCGGCCGUGAGCCGCCUCUCCGCCGUUUCCUGCGUCUCGCGCUCGCCCUCGCCCCAUCGCAUGCUGCUGGAGACCUCCUUCUGCGGUCCGAAGCCACUCGAGCAGGGUGCCAGCAGUGCCGCGGGAAGCACUGCCUCCACGCUGGCCAGCUCCUCGCACACUCACGCAGAGACCGCGCCGGGUGGUGGCGGCGUUGUGACGGGUGCAGCGCCCGGAGGUGUGGCGGCCAAUACAGCGCUGCUGGAGCAGCUGCUGCUGGCCCGCAAGCACGAUCCCACCCAGGCGGUGCUGGCCGAAGGCAUCAAGGUGCUGCCACCUGCCCCGGCCACACGCACCAGCAGCGGCAGCAACGUCCCGGUCAUGGGCGCGCAGCGCAGGAGCACCAAGAGCCCCGGCCAGAUGGUCAUCGGCAAGACACCCAGCGGCACGGAGUACAUCCGCAUCAAUCUGCGGCCGGACCACAUGUACAGCGACAGAGGCAUUGCGGCCAACGAGCGGGUGGUAGAGGCGCCCAACCAGCUCACGCCCGUCUACUCCGCCUCCGCUUUGGCCGCCGGACAGCCCAAGCCACCCGCCUCGCUCAGCCUGCAGGGGGGUGGCGGUGGCGGUGGGGCUGGGGUCGGUCACGACGAGAACCGCCUGACACCGACGGCGAGUCCGAAACCCGGCCGGCAUGCCCUGCGCUUGGGCAGUCGCUCGCCCUCACCCUCGCCGGCGGCUACUUCUGUGUCCCGCAAGAGCUCCUUCAGCUCCCUCUUCCGGCUGGGCAAGGACUCGCCGGACUCGCCGCGAGAGUCCGCCCGAGCGCGCAGCAAAAGCAAGGAGCGCUCCUCAGCGGGCGCGCCUGUGGCGACAACGACAACCGGCUCCUCCCAGAAUGUGACGCCCAGCAAGCAAAAGUCCGUGCUGGCCAUCUUCAAGUCGGGCAAGCGGGGCAGCAGCGCCGGCACCGAUGGCACCAAGAGCUCCAAGAGUUCCUCGCCCAUCGAGCCGAGCUGCGAGCCACCGCCGCCGCCACCACCGGCACCCGGAUCGGCCGGAUCAUCGGGCGGACGCAGCCGCACACCGGCUGGCUCCAGGCCGGGCAGCCGGCUGCGGUACUACGAUGAGCCGGUGGAGGGGGUCAUCCACAUACCGCUGCAUACGCCGCCAGAAGAGCGCGAGGCCCGCACCCUGCUGCAGGGCAUUCAGAAUCUGAUUGCAGCGCCCUCUCCGCCGCCCAUCCAGGCCAGGACACCGCCACAGCCACCAGCAGCACAGUCGCAGGCGCAGCAGCCGCCGACCGCCUCCUGUGGCGCCGUGUCCGUAACCGGCAACGGAUCCGGAGCCACCAUCACGGCCAGCCAGUUGGCGGCGGCCGCCGCUGCCCUGCGACCUGUGGGCCAGCGAAAGACGGUGGCCCAGCGUCCAGACCUGGAUGCCAUCCAGUCGCUCAACUCCCAGGAGGAGGUGGAGAAAGAGAAGGGCUGGAGUCUGGAGGUGCAGCGGCACAGCUCGCAGGACUCGCAGGAGACACUGCAAUCGGUGAGCUCCGUGGUGAGUGCACGGGCCUCCAACCUGGCCCAGAUCCACCAGGAGCCCGAGCCCGAGCCGGAGGCCGAGCAGGAGCGGGACCCUUCAGUGCGGGAGAACGGGCUGGGGGAGAUGCAGCGCCUGCCCUCGGUGGACAGCACGCAGAGUGCCUGCGAGCCGCCGCGCCUGGUGCACACGGUGGCCACCGUCAGUGCGCCCCAAUCCGAGGAUGCGGCGGCCAAGGAGCGCCGCCGUCUGCUGUUCGCCACGCGACUCGGCUCCGGCAGCCAGGAGCAGAUCUUCUCCACGCAGUUCAGCAUCUCGAAGACGGAGAGCCAGUCCAGCCAGCUGUCCGAGCAGGUGCUCGAGUCCGCCAACAACUCGACGGCAUCGGACGGACCGGCGACCUCCGUCGACGGACUGCAGCGGCAAGGCACUGUCAUUCGGCGCACGGAGAUGAGCGCCGUGCCACCACCGCCACCACCACGCGGCAUCUCCAGCUCCGAGGAGGAGCAGCCGGCCAGCAGCAGCAGCGGCAACCAUCCGGCAGUCGUGCUGCGCUCCAAGCACAGGUCGCGUCCCACUUCCGAGGAUGAGGGUCCGGGCCCGGCCCCGGCGGCGGAUCUGCGCCAUUCGCGCUACCUGGAGAACUUCGAUGUGCGCCGCAAGCUGCAUGAGAAUGUGCCCCUAGAAGGGAAGGAGGUGCGCCGAAGGCAGCAGCACCACCACCAGCCCCAGCAGCAGCCCCAGCAGCAGGAGAGUACCCCAGUGCCACGGAAACCCAAGCGACAGAGUGUCCCCGAGCCAAGACGUGAAACCUCGCAGAGCUCUGGCGGUGCCACGCCCACUACUCCAACACCCACACCCUUACCCGCUGGCGGCAAAACACCGACUCCAACGGACAGAGCCACGCCCAUUGGAGUUGCAACUGCAACGGGAAUGGGAAUGGAAACGGGAAUGGCAACGGGAAUGGAAACUCCAACGCCAACGGCCAGCCCGGACCCGAUGCUCACCUCGCCACUGGCCGAGCGGCGUCUCUCGCAGUCGACGGACGAGCACGAGCCCGUGGAAUCGUCGGAGAGUGAACGUGACUCCGAUAUGGCUGGCAGCUCGUCGGUCACGACAGCAGUGGCCGUGGGCGGGGAGGGGCAGGGUCCGGGCAAGCGGCACCACUUUCCGCGCAACGUGUGCGUAAUCGAGGAGCACGAGAGCACCGGCCUGGUGUCGCAGGAGUCCUUCGACGACGAGCUGCCGUAUAUACCGACGACGCUGCCGGAGGAGCGGGCGCAGGGCGUGCCGCUGAUACCGAUGAAGGAGCGGGCCAACAUGGAGCUGAAGACCUGUCCCGUGGACAGGCCGCGCUCCACAACGCCCCUCAAUCCCUCGCACCUGGAGGAGUACUGCACGGGCAUCAUGACGCCCCAGGAGGCACCGCAUGUGGGAGUCCAUGAGUUGGACAACGGAGCAUCGGCUGCAGCAGGAGGAGGCGCAGGAGGAGCGGCUGGUGGUGGUAGUGGUCCUUUGAGGGGAGAAAAGCUCCGCAUCAGUCUGCCGCGCAAGGAGUCGAUGGGUAAGGAGGGCCGGGCACCGGGCCAGAGCUCAAAGUCGCCGCGACGCAUCUCCAAUGCCAGCGGCAAGUCGUGGUUCGAGUUCGCGGAGGAGGGACUGCGCGCCAACAAUCUGGAGCGCAAGGACUCCAGCAAACAGUUGCUCCCAGCUCAAGGUUCAGGUGCAGUUCCAGUUCCCGUUCCCAUUCCCAUGCCCGCCACCAAUCCGGUUCCAACUCCAGCCUCUGCUCCACCUGGCAUCGGGCUGGAGGAGCCCAAGCCGAAGGCAUCCACACAGCGAAAGCUGUCCGGCCACUGGAUCGACUUUGAGAACAUCCCGGAGAAGCGCAAGCCGGCCAAGCGGAUAACCACGCUGCCCAAGGAGACAAUAGCGGCCAGUAACACGGCCACAACAAGCUCCUCCUCGGCGUGCGGCAGUGGCCAUCGGUCUGGUGGCUCUGGUUCCGGUUCGGGGCCACAUCAUCAUCAUCAUCACCACCACCAGACGCGGCCGGGAUCAGGAUCGCAGGAUCCGAACACUGGAGGAGCCAGCGAUAAGCUGCACUACAACUAUGUGAAGCCGGAGGACUGCCAGUGCGAGUGCCACGAGGCCGAGCGCGGCGAAACCUCCAUGGCCACAGCGGGCGCCGGGGACAGCAGCACGGGAACGGGCACGGGCACUGGAACGACCAGCGACUCCUUGGCAUCUGUGGACCUGCUGCAGCAGGGUGAGGACAUGCUGCCGCUGCUCGAUCCCGAGCCACAGCCGGAGACCAGAGUCUAUACGGACGAGGAGGCGCCUGCCCCAACGCGGCAUGCCAGCAAAAGCAGCGGUGUAGCACGGGUGAGUUUGGAAGGAUAUGCUCAAACCUUCCGAAGGUUUUUUGGCAUCAAAUGGAUUAUGAAAUUACUUUCCACAUUCCAUUUUCCGCAACUCAGCAAUCUGUGGGGAUGCAAUCAAAACUAACCCCAAACUUUUGUCCUACCCAAUCCACAGACCCAAAUGGAGGAGUUUCCCCGACGCGACAUCGGAUCGAGUCCACGCAAUCGAAAAUUUCCCGAUAGAAAGUAAGAUGAGCAAUUAGCUCGCAUUGGAUACAGAUUGGAGUCAUGGGUUGAUGGCUCAUGGCUCAAGGCUCAAGGCUCAUGGUAGAUCUUCAGGGUAGCUACACCAGUAAUCUUUCUAUAUGUGUAAGUCGACUCACUAAACUAAGGGCCUAAGCAGUGUGCGUGUCCUCUUGGCCUAUAUCCUUAAUGUACCUCAAGCAGUGUGGUUGUUAUAAGCAGAGACGAACGACGCGACGAUCGAUCAAAGUAC